ACCUCACUGGACAGAGCUCAGCUGACUGUCUGUUUCUUCUUCAGGUUCCCACUCUCUGAUGUUCCUGUCCACAGGACGUGUGCAGCCUGGAAAUCAACUUUCAUUUGAGCAACUCACUGUGUUUGAUGGUGUUCCCAUCUCUCACUGUGACAGCUCGACCAGGACAGAAGAGUUCAAACCUUCUCUGGAAUCAAAGAACUUACCAAGCAGCUGUGAGGCAGCGUAUUCUGAUAUCACAGAGUCUCUCCAUGUGAUUCCACCUUUAAUCAACAGCACAGUGUAUGUUGUGCAGCGGCGGCGUGGCUGCAUCCAGUCGGCCGAUGGGAGGAACUCAGCUUUUGAAGCCUGGUCAGUGAAUGGAGAGGACUUCAUAACCUUUGACCCUGAAUCUCAAAGAUGGACAGCCCAGUCUCCUUCUGCUGUAACUGUGAAACAAAGAUGGAAGAGGAACAAAGCAAGGAAUAUUUUCUUUAGUGACUUCAUCAGGCAACAAUGUCCAGUGCUGAUCCAGAGAAUUAAACUAAGAUCAAUAAACCCCAAAACAGAUCUGAACAUGUUUGCGAAGCCCAUCACUCACACAGCCCGGACCCUGCUGAUAUGUCAUGUGACCAGUACUGACAGACCGGUGAGCUCAGUGCAUCUGACCGGAGACGGAGCUUCCAGUGCCAGAUGGAUCACAGUGACCGGACCAGUGCCUGGGCCUGAAGAUGGAUCUGUGGUCCUCAGGCUGACAGCUGAGAUCUCCCUCAGCCAACACACAUACAGAUGUGCAGUACAGGCAGGAGGACACAACAUCAGCGCUGUGUGGGACGGGAAGACUCUUGAUGGCAGACUCCUUCUUACAGAGUCAAGUGGUCCCUGGAAAACUCUGAUAUUAAUCCUUGAAGUCCUCGGCGUGGUGUCAAUAAUCACCAUUAUCUCCUGGGCAACAAUAUGUCUGCUAAACUGUGUCAAGAAGACCGGUCGUCCUCGGAGAGUUGAUCCACAGCUGAUGGAGCAGUUUGUCAGGAUGAUGGAGACUGUUUCGUCUCCAGAUGCACAGAGAGUUGUAGUUUCAUUCACUCAGGGUUCAGAGAGGAACCCAGAACACCAGGCCCGGUGGGAGGUGAAUAUCAGCUUAAGAGACCAAAACUUCUACGAUCCAGAAUACUUUGCUAAUCUAAUAAAUGUGGCCGACAGAUAAGUUAUGGAUUGUACAUGGCUGCGUUUACACUGAACCAUUAUCCAAAGCACUUUACAAGUUUCCUCUAGUCACCACUCACCCUGAUGGCGGCGAGGCCCCAUGGUGCAUCAGUGUCUCUGACGUGUGGACAGAGGGAGACUGAUCCGGCAUCUCUGUGACUGGUGGACGACCUGCUGAGACACAGCUGCCUGUUUUUAAUGGGAGGACUGGGACAUGGGACAAAUGGGACAGUCUGUGUUCACUCCAUACGUUUUCAUAGAGCGAGCCAGAACUCAGCAGAACCGUUACUACAGGAGCCAGCAGCUUCACUUGUUAAGCAGUGCUGACACAUGAACGUGUCGGCGCCGAGGCCUCACCCAAACCCUCCGCAGCACCAUCAUUUAACCCACACAAGCUCUGACGCUGUAUUUACAUGUUUAACAGACGUUCACUCAGCACUUCUCUCUUCAGUUUGUCCUGCUGGAUGUCGUUCUUCGUCUUUUAUAAUCUGGGUGUGAAAACAUGAACAAAGAUCAUUUGUGGAUCUUUUCUUUCUAUGUUGUUGUUCAACACUGAACCUUCUCUGAGCCGUUCACACAACUCCUGCUCAUAUUGAGCUAAGCUAUGCUAACACUCACUAAUGACAGUAGCAUCAUGGGAACUUUGAUCCUGUCACAUCUGUCACAGCUGUAUUUCACCUUGUGUUUUGUAUGUGUUCUGUUGAA